ACGGUGGCGCAUCGCCGGCGGGGCUGCACGCUGAGCCCCAACUUUUCCAGGAGCUGACGCUCUCUCUGCAGAAUUGGCCUGAUGGAGCAAAGGCACUCAGCGCAGUUCAGUACAAGAAGGAAACAAUGCGACCAGCAUGCAAACAGCACGGAUCGUACUGGAAACUUGACACAGCACCAGAGAACACACACAGGAGAGAAACCCUUCAAGUGCACUGUGUGUGAGAAGGCAUUUUCAUUGUCAUCAUAUCUUCAGACCCACCAGAGAACACACACAGGAGAUAAACCCUUCAAGUGCAGUGUGUGUGGGAAGGCAUUUUUGUAUUCAUCUACUCUUAAACAACACCAGAGAACACACACAGGAGAUAAACCUUUCAAGUGCACUCUGUGUGGGAAGGCGUUUGCAUUGUCAUCAAAUCUUAAGAUCCACCAGAGAACACACACAGGAGAGAAACCUUUUAAGUGCACUCUGUGUGGGAAGGCGUUUGCAAUGUCAUCAAAUCUUAAGACCCACCAGAGAACACACACAGGAGAUAAGCCCUUCAAGUGCAGUGUGUGUGGGAAGGCAUUUUUUUAUUCAUCUACUCUUAAACAACACCAGAGAACACACACAGGAAAGAAACCUUUCAAGUGCACUGUGUGUGAGAAGGCGUUUGCACAGUCACCACAUCUUCAAAGACACCAGAGAACACACACAGGAGAGAAACAUUUCAAGUGCAUUGUGUGUGGGAAGGCGUUUGCACAGUCAUCACAUCUUCAAAGACACCAGCGAACACACACAGGAGAUAACCCCUUCAAGUGCAGUGUGUGUGGGAAGGCAUUUUUUUAUUCAUCUACUCUUAAACAACACCAGAGAACACACACAGGAGAGAAACCUUUUAAGUGCACUCUGUGUGGGAAGGCGUUUGCAAUGUCAUCAAAUCUUAAGACCCACCAGAAAACACACACAGGAGAGAAACCUUUUAAGUGCACUCUGUGUGGGAAGGCGUUUGCAAAGUCAUCCACUCUUCAGACCCACCAGAGAAUACACACAGGAGAUAAACCCUUCAAGUGCAGUGUGUGUGAGAAGGCGUUUUCAGAUUCAUCUGCUCUUCGACGACACCAGAAAACACACACAGGAGAGAAACUCUUCAAGUGCAGUGUUUGUGGGAAAGUGUUUGCACAUUCAUCAAAUCUUAAAAAACACCAGAGAACACGCACGCAUCAGAAAAUCCACAAGAAGUGUAAUCUGAAAUCAGCUUGUGAAAGUCAAUGUGCUGCAAUGACCCCAUUGUUCAUGAAACAAGAACCAGAAGACAAUCGCAGCCUGGACACUUUGAAAGGUAUCAAGGUGAAAUAUGAAGAGGCGAAAGUGAAAUGUGAAGAAGUAACAGUGACGAGCGUAGAAGUGAAGGUUAAAUUUGAAGAUUAUUCAACUCCAAAAUCGGACCUUCACCUAGAUGGAGGCAGUGUGAAACAGGAAAUAAAUUCUGACUGUGAGGCAGAGCGAGGCAACUCCCAGGAGUUUGUGGAUGUGGAGGUGUGGGUGGACUUCUUAGACAAUACAAAGUCAAAUGGAGACCAGGUAGAUGUGCAAGCUUCAGACGAUUAAGCUCCAAUGGAUGCACCUUUGUCACAGGCCUUUCUAAUGAAUAUAAUGUGAAGUUGAACACUCAAUUUCUAGGUUCAAACUGGAGUGUAAGCGUGGCCAGUAUUUGUGAACCUGUGGGUUGGGGCGAUCUCUAACCAGGAGUGACUCAAGUGUUUUGUAUCAUAUCUCAUCUUAGACACUCGAUGGGUGCCCAUAAUGGGCAUCUGCCCCUGUGUGCCACAAGGUGACCGUUCACUGGCCUGCAUGUGGAUAUGAGUUUGUAAGUUGGGGGAGAUGUUUGAUAUGCCAGUCGGAUUUGAACCUUGAACCUUUGCAACAUAGAGAAUGUACUACUACUUGACUUCCCUCUAUGAGAGUGCUGCACAUAUAGGCCUCAUCUCGGCAGAGAUCAACUUGUAAAUACGUUGCAACGUGACGCAGUACAUUUCAGUAUAGUUAUAAAAUGUUACCAAUGUGCCCUUUGAUUAUUUUGAAUCAUAAUUGAAAGAAUACCCGUCAGAUUUUGUACGUACAUACAACAUUUUGUGUAUUAAUGUCAAACAUGGAAUAUGUGCUGUCAGGACAAAGUAUCUGUUUUGGUGGUAACCUGUACAAAAGCUCACGUGAGAGCUGUUAUUUUUGUGAUACGGGUCAAAGGGUGUUUUUGUGAAUCAGGCCGCAUCUGACUGGGGCAACUCAUUGUCUUUGAAAUCGGGAGCAUAGUCGGAUCAUUCAUCAGUUAAGGUAUGCCACUUAUAAGUUACGUAUAGGAGAUACAUUCUCCACAAGAACACUAAUUAUCAUUUUGUAUUACGUAUACAUUUUGUCGAACUGAGACUUGAAAUGGACCUUGCCGAUGAACAUCAGUUGAAGCAAGCCGGACUGUUGAGACAUUGUACACCAAAACCAGUCCACAGGUGGCUUGUACUGAACACAUGUGUAGUGCCAUAAGAGAGGAGGGGCUGCUGGGGGCUCUCGGAUCCUAGGCAGAUAAGCCCUCGGUGCCAGGCGCUAGGAUCCCAGGCACCCCAAACAGUUAAACCCCUUGACGCCACCAACGGGGGGAGGGGCUGUGCAUGCUCUGUGGGAUAUCUGGGGGCGCACACAACCCCACCCCUCGUUGGGAACGAGGCAUAUAAAAGGGCAGCUCCCUGGCCGAUCGGGGGCAGUUGCAGCUCAAGACCCAAGACCAGCCAACUUAGGACCCUGGACCCCCUCGUCCCGCUUGUCCUUGUAUGGGCCGGGACGCUGUGAGGGCCAGUGGUGGGACUCUGGGACUCCCGGCUCUACGUCCUUGUAAGGGCGAGUUCCGAGGAAGCCAGAGUCCAGACCCGCACCUUGGCUGGGUCGGGUCAAUUAGCCUCCCCUCGGGUAAUUGCAGCCGGAGGAGCCCAGAGCGUAGCCAGAGUAGUGUAUCUAGGCUGUGUACCUAGGCUGUAACAGAGUAUCAGGACUGUUGGAGUGUUUUGUUGUAAUAAAGAAGAUACCUCUACAAGUGUCUCCGGAACCCAUUACACAUGCAUUCCUAAAAGGCCGUGGUAUUUACAGUUUGUGUAAAACAUUCCUUUGUUUCGUGUAGAGAACGUUGAAUGAAAGAUGUCUGCCGAUCUGUUUUUUCGCAAGGAGGUACUUUAAAGAGCACAUUUGAAGGCAUCGUGGAUUUUUGUUACAGAUUUGUAUUCUAGCCUAGGUUUUAUUGAAUUUUAACUUCUAUUUAAAUAAAACUUUAGAUAUAUCUGUCUGCAUUGAUAUACCACCUUGUUUACCACAUGUUUACCUAAAUAUGUAGACGCUCCCUCUGAAGACGUCACCUCAAAUUAACGAGUGGGUUACGUCAGGGCCUCCCCCUCUCUCUGGCUUGUGAUGUCACCAAGAGCAGAACUCGCCUCCACGGAAUCUAACGACUGCACUGUCUUGGAAUGCAUUUACACAGUAAUCAAAUCUUCACAACUGCCAGGGAACACACAUUAAAAACCACUUAAUGUACAAUUGGAAGGCCUUUUGAAUUGUCUUGAAACUGAAACACGUGUAAGGAGGUCUACAAGGAGCAGAGUCUGAGAUUGACGUGUGAAAUUUGAAGUUCCAUAAGCCCAUCGUUUGUGAUGCAAGGACCCAAUAAAGAUGGCAGCUGGGAAACGUCACCAUUCGUGAAGGUGACCUGUGAAGGCUCUAGGGUUUGACUUCCAGGUCACUAAUGAAGCCCGAGACAAAUCACAUCCAUUUGUGGAUGUGGAGUUUUGGGAGGACUUUUCAGACAAGGUCGAGUAGAAGCAGAC